ACCACCUUCUCCUUCAACAUAUGUGUUCAGCUACCUCUCUUUUCCUACUUCAUGCCCAAAUUAUUUUUCAACUUUUCUCUUUCUGUCCAUCUCUCCAAUGAAGCUCCAAGGGAGUGACAUUCUUCCAUAUGGGAAAUGCCACACCCUACAGAAGACUCCAAAGGUGGUGCUUCUGGUAACACUAGCCCUGGUUCUCCUCACAAUUAUCCCACUCUACUACCCUUUGCUAGGGUACCCUUUAUUUCUUUUGAAAAAUAUUUCUUCUUCUUCUUCUUCUUCUUCCUCUUCCCCUUCUUCUUCUUCUUCUUCUUCUCCUUUUUCAAGUCAACCAUCCUCUUCACAUGUCAAUACUCCAUUGGAGGAUGACCCCAUAAGCGUAGAAGAACCAACAGUGAAGAAGUGCGACAUAUUCACUGGAGAAUGGAUUCGGAAUCCCAAGGCGCCAUACUACAUCAACACGACCUGUUGGGCGAUCCACGAGCAUCAAAACUGCAUGAAAUAUGGAAGGCCAGACCUGGACUUCAUGAAAUGGAGAUGGAAACCAGAUGGGUGCGAGCUACCCAUCUUCAACCCAGCCCAGUUCCUCGAACUCAUGAGAGAUAAGACCUUGGCCUUUGUUGGGGAUUCUGUGGCCAGAAACCAUAUGCAGUCCUUGAUGUGCCUCUUAUCCAGGGUAGUGUACCCCAUUGAUGUUUCGUACACAACAGACGAAAAUUUCAAAAGGUGGAGGUACACGGACUACAACUUCACCAUGGCCAGUUUCUGGACACCCUUUCUGAUAAAAACCAAAUUAGCAGACCCAGGUGGUCCAACCCAGACCGGUCUCUUCAACCUCUAUCUUGAUGAGUUGGAUGAGGCAUGGACAAAUCAGAUGGAGGAAUUUGACUACCUUAUCAUCUCUGCUGGCCAAUGGUUCUACCGUCCAACCAUGUUCUACGAGAACAGCCGGGUGUCCGGCUGCUACUACUGCCUCCAAGAAAAUGUCACCGACCUCACAGUUUACUACGGCUAUCGAAAGGCUUUCAGAACAGUGUUCAAAGCCAUUAACAGCAACAAAAACUUCAAGGGCAUGACGAUUCUUCGAACCUUUUCGCCUUCACACUUUGAAAAUGGGUUAUGGAACAAGGGAGGCAACUGUGUAAGGACGAGGCCUUUUAUGAGCAAUGAGACUACAAUGGAGGGGCCAAAUUUGGAGCUGUACAUGACCCAGAUAGAGGAGUAUAGGGCUGCAGAAAGGGUAGGGUUGAAGAGGGGGUUGAAGUUUAGGUUGCUUGACACGACACAGGCUAUGUGGUUGAGACCAGAUGGGCAUCCUAGCAGAUACGGACACUGGCCAAACGCUAAUGUGACAUUGUAUAAUGACUGUGUCCACUGGUGCCUGCCUGGCCCCAUUGACUCAUGGAGUGAUUUCUUGCUUGAGAUGCUGAAGAUGGAGGGCACCAGAAAAUAUGAGGAAAAGCUUCAUUCUAAGGUGAAAAGGAUGAAAGUCCAAUAGGUUUAUUUAUUUUAGUUCAUUUUUUAUCUUCAAGGCUUUAGUAAUUGGUGUCUUUUAAUUAGGGUCUGUGAUUCAUCGGAUCUCUGAUUUUUUUUCCUUUUCUUGUCAAAUGCUGUGGUGGUAUAUAUGAGUGAAUAUUAUUUAUGAUCUUAAUUAAAAAUAUAGUAAGAAUUUGGCUUCUCAUCUA